UGUCAGUAAAUAUUUAUUUACAAAUAAAUUGUCUUUUAAAAUUUUAGUAAUGUCUCUAUUAUCUUUUAUUAAAUUGGGACCUAUUCUUUCGAGAAGGCUGAGUAUCCGAAAAUGUCAUAAUGUGUUUGGUAUUAAAGAUUUAAUUCAGCAGGAAAGGCUGGACAAUUUCACCGUUUCUCCAUUAACUGUGAAGCAUUUUGAUAUGGCUGUUGAAGUAAUUAAAAAGUACUAUUUGCAUGAACAUGUCCUCGUCAGAGCUCGGAAUAUGAACCUCAGCAAUGACCGCGCAGUAGAUGAGUACAUUAUUAGCUUGCUGAAGCAAGGCAAUUCGUUGUUUGUCAAGGCAAGCGAUGAUUCGGUAGCUGGCGUAUGCAUUAGUUUUGCGAGCAGUCCAAUAGAUGCGAAAAACUUAAGAAACUAUGCUUUUUAUCGACAGGAUCCAAACACUAAAGACUUCUUGUACUUCACGGCAAAGUUGCAAGAGACGCCAAACCUCUGGCAAGUUUUCAGCCAACAAAAAGUUUUCGAGAUAAAAAUGUUGACAGUAUUACCGGCGUAUCGAAGACAAGGUCUGGCUGUGAUGCUCGUGGAAAAAUCCAAAGAGGAGGCGCACGAUCAGGGUUACAGCGUCAUUCGCAUGGAUUGUAUUAAUCAAUAUGACUACAAAAUAGCCGAGAAGUGCAAUCUGCAGUGCAUCGUAAAAUUCCCUUUACACAAGCUGCGUGGGAUCAACGCGCCGUAUAUAAAGCGGAGUUCAGAACAUAACAGGUACGUGCGCGUGUAUGUGGACGCACGUGUACACCCGGAUGUGGACAUCGACAGAGCUGAGAUUAAGAAGAAGGGAAGCCAUUUGGAAACUCUUCUGGAAUGAUAUAUUCUGACUUGGUGUGCCACGAGAACGAGGCAAUGCGACGCAAUGUUAUUCACUCGCACGCUACAUAGAACACAAGCAUGUUCCAUUGUUUUCAUUGCGUUUGUCACAAUUGCGGUUCUCGCUCACAUAGGCCCCAUAAUUGAAUAAUGUGUUUAGUUUGAUGUGUGUAGUAAAUUUAAAUUUGCUGUUUUGUAUAUAUUAUUAUAAUAUUGUAUGAGUAACGUGGAAGUCCAAUGUUGAGUAACGUAGAACUGUAACCAUGUUUAAACCGUCACUGCGUUUCUAACAAAAUUUGUAAAACUACAUCAGAUAUUUACUACAACUUUUAUUUUCUAUGUUUGUUAAUAAAGUGCUUUUUUAUCGAAAA